ACGAAAUUCGAUUUCUGGAGGAAACAGAUGGCGUUAGAAACUCGGCCGUCCCAAGCCCUCGAUACAGUUCAUACAGAUGUUCUAUCACAAGCAAGAUUAGCUUGCUACAAGGCGCGGGAUGCUUUCUAUACUUGUCUAGAGGAACAAUCGAACAAGAAACCCACAGAAAUUGCGUCGGUAGGGCUGCUUUACCCAGUCGAAUGCAAGCAAAGUAGGGAGGCCUAUGUGAAGCAGUGCAGACCCACUUGGGUGAAGCAUUUUGAUCGGCAGUAUUGUCAGAAGAAGAGGGUUAAUAGGCUUUUGGAUGACAAUGAGUCGAGGAGAGGAGGCUAAAGAUUGGCCCCUUGAUGAUGAGGAGGACUGGAGAGUCGACAACAUUUUAGUUAUCGUCAUAACUUUGUAGGUACCUCUCCUGUUAAACUUUCGAGAGAAAGAGAAGUUGUCAUGGAUAAACCUGAAGUAUGUUGGUUUAGGUUUGUUUUGGUGUUUACAUCUAAGUUUGAUGGAAAGCUUGUUUGAUCAUCAAAAUUGAAAGAGAUAAGUCCCAGUUUCUGUUGGUCGUAUUUAGAGGAACUAUUUGUAGAUUUUGGUUCUAUCUGCCGCUAGAAUUCUGUCAAUGUGCUUAUUUAAGGAACUAUUCAGGCCCAGAUUCUCCGGUUCCUACCUCCUUUCGUUGUACACUCGACAUAUAUAAUGAUGAAUAGAUCACGAGAUUGACUGAA